AUGUAUGGUUCUCACAAUUUUAGGGAUCCACAUAUUUUAGUUACAAAUAUCAACAAAUGCAUUGAUAGGAGUGUAUUCAGACUAGAAUUUCAAAAAUUUGGCGAAAUUCGAAAGUUAUUCACCGACCCCGAAGGAAAAUUUGUUAAAAUCUACUUCAAAGAUAAAAACUCUUAUACUCCUGCACUUAAUGCCCUAAAACACAACCCUCAAGGUUGGAUACUUCAAGGAUAUUUCGAUAGUAAAAAUCCUUCCGAACAUAACAUCACCGAGUCAAAGUACGAGAAACCUGGAAACAACUCCAAGAUGUUGCAGGAAUACUCCCAAUGCGAGGCGAUUUCGGACGAAUUCGUCAAUGUUUUCGGCGACCCAAUGGAAAUUUUCGCCGACGAAACCGGCGAGAAUUUCGUCAAUCUUCGAGCGGUCCAAAAAAUGGGAUUCGCCAUCUUCACUCGCCCCGAAUACGAAUCUCUUAGAAGAUACCGAAAUUCAGAAAGAAACGAUGUCAUAAAGAAGGAAUUCAACCUGUACAUGCUAACCAAAGCUAGUGAAUACUUGCUGGAAAACAACGUGAAAUGUAUCAACGAUGAUGAUAUUCUGGAUGUCAUAAACCGUUGUAAAAUGAAGUUGGGUAUAGAAGGGGACUUGAACCUCCAGGACAACGGUUCCAAAUCGGCAACUGGAUUUACGGUGACCAUUGGCAAUAACUUGGCUAAGAAUAAGGCCCAGUCUAACGAUAAGCUCUUUUCACCUCCGCGUGAAAACUCUGUGAAUUCUGUAUCGAAUACAAACAGGUCACUGAAUUAUAAUAAUUCUACUUACCCUCGUAAACCUUACAACAAUGCCCCCGAUACCAGAGCAAGGCAAAACAACGAUGAAUUCCAGAGGAACAAACAAGACGGAAGACAAAUGAGAUCUCCAGGAUCAAACAAUUUUGGCGGUUCUAAUGCUAGUUUUGAAAAGCAAAAUGAUGAUACACAGAGCGAGACCAGCGAUCAUUCCUCUUCGUCCCAGAAACAUGCAAAAAAAGUGCCAUUUGCGAAAUUUUUGGAAGAUAUUGAUAAAAUCGAUAAAAUCAUUUUGCAGAUCAAUAAAAAAUACAAUGUGCGCAUUUCAUCUGUAGAUACCGAAAACGUCUGUUGGGUGCAAACCACUGAAAGUAUCGAUGAAUUGUUGGAAUUCGUCGUCGAAUUGAACAGCUCCGUUGACGAAAUCGAAGACGUUAAAAAUAUUAAAAGAGGCCAACUCGCCAUUGCACCUUUGGAUGAUAUUUGGUACCGCUGCAGAGUUAUGAGUACCGACCCGUUGCAAGUUUUAUUUAUCGAUUAUGGCAAUAAAGAAAUCGUUAGUUCGAUUAAGGAGCUGCCGCAACAGCAUCGAAAACUUCCGGCAGCUGCCAAUAGAAUAACAGUCAGUACGCAGUCCUUCUUGCCUAAAUUAGUACCUGAUUUAGAUCUGAAAAUUAGCAUUAUAAAACAAUUUCAAGAUGGCACUUACUGUGUUGACAUCGAACCUCCAUCGAACCAACCAGCUUCUGAUAUCUCACCGAAACCCGCCAAACAAGUCGAAGAACUGAAACAACCCGCUAGAAAAGAGGUUGAAGAAAAACGCGUUGAACAAGAGGUACAAAAACCCAUUGUUCAAGAGAAACACUAUUUCGACGUUCCUGCUUCAUUGGCGGAACUAAAGGACGGGGAUAAAGUUAUGUUGAUCGAUUUGAUCGACAACAAAUUCGCUGUUCGCACGAAAGAAUGUGCCCAAAAGAACAAAGAGAUCUUAGAGUAUAUCAAGAAUUUGGACAAAUCCGAGAUGCUGUUAACGUCCGUUAAAGAAGGGCAAUUAAUCCUCUGUUCCAAAGACGGCUUGCCUAAUCUGUGUAGAGGCGUUGUUCAGAACAAAGUGUCACCGACGAUUGUUACUGUAAAGUAUUUAGAUUGUCCCGGUGAAGAUCAAUUAUCGGUUAAAUCUCUGAGGAACGUCGAUGAUUAUUUGGCUGCUCAAGGCUGUACUUUAUUGAUGACCCCCAAAAUGGAAUUUAUCAACGACUCUCUGGAUAAUCAUGUGGAGUUUAUAUCCAGACUGUUCGAGAAUAAAGAGAAAGCGACGAUUGUAAUGACUGGCGCUGGUUGUGACUUGCGAUUGCAAAGCGGAAAUUUGUUAUCGGAAGAGUUGAAUCCGGUAGAAGAAGAGCUUCCCAAACUUGUCCCGGUAACGAGUACUCCCAAUAAUUCUGAGGUUGAGAAGAAAGUCCCAACUCCGAAAAUUGCUGCUGAAAAAGUAGAGAAAAAAGAAGAUAAGCCAGUUUCGCUUGCGAAAAAGUCUAUUUCAUACGAUGAUAUGCCAUUCAUUAAGGCCGAAAUUGGAACCAGCGGCAGUUAUUUGUGCUAUGACAUCACCAGCUUGGAAGACAUGACAUUUAUAUCAAUGAGCGAAGAGUCUGUAGAAUAUUUAGAAAAAGUUACUGAUAUGUUGCAGGUACUCGCAGACGAUAAUCCCUUUAAACCUGAAUUGUUGGAUAUGUGUUUGGUUUUGUACAAAUCUCCCGAUGAAACUGAAGCUUGCUUGAAUAGAGCUGUUGUGAUUGACGAGAAUGAAUCUGGUUACAUUGUAAAUAUGGUCGAUUUUGGAACUAAAGCUACUGUGGCAUCAGGAGACAUCAGGAAGUUCCCUGAGGAAUUAAAAAGUAUUCCUAUACUUGGAAUCCCUUGUGCCCUUAAAAAUAUUCCGAAUACUCAGAAAAAUAUUGACCGUGUCAAGGAACUCAUACCUGAAGGCGAAGAAGUGAACAUAAAAAUUUUGGAGUACAUCAACGAUGAGAAGUAUAUGAUCGAAAUACCCGAAGUAGAAAAAGAGUUGAAGAAAUAG